AUGCAAGAACUAUGGAGCUUAGGCAUAGAGUGGGAUGAAUCAGUUCCCAUGCACAUUCAUAGAAUAUGGGAUCAAAUAAGGUCGCAGUUAUGUUUGCUCAAUAAGGUUAAGAUACCUAGGUUAGUAAUUUCCGGAAAGGCGGACUCUCAAAUACAAAUACACGGAUUUUGCGACGCGAGCGAAAAGGCUUACGGUGCCUGUAUAUACCUACGUGAGCAAGGCAGGCAAGGUGAGAUAGUUGUUUCAUUGCUUUGUUCAAAGUCACGAGUGGCACCCAUGAAAAUGUUAUCGCUGCCGCGGUUAGAACUAUGUGGCGCCGUACUACUAACAGAUUUAAUGAAUAAGGUAAUAAACAGUUUAAAUUUAAAGGUGCAACAAAGAUUUUACUGGACGGAUUCAACAAUUGUAUUAGCCUGGAUAAGCUCCCCCCCCCCCAGAAAAUGGCAGGUGUUCGUCGCGAAUAGGAUUAGUAACAUUCAGGAUAAUUCUUCACCUUCCGAAUGGCGACAUGUGAGGUCUAAGGACAACCCCGCAGAUUUGAUAUCCAGGGGCACGACCCCAGAAAAAUUGAUACAAACUAAUAGCUGGUGGGAAGGACCUCAGUGGUUGAAAGAAGAGGAAAGGUCAUGGCCAAAGGAAGAGGAGGAAUUAGCAAUCGAAAACGUACCUGAAAAACGAAAACAAGCGGUAAUAGCAGCGGCUGUGACAGAUAAAGUAGUCAUAGAUUAUAAAAGAUUUUCGUCAUUAAAUAAAUUACUGAGAAUAGUGGCGUAUAUGUUAAGAUACAUUCAUAAUUUAGGUUGUAAGAAAGAAAGUCGUAAGUUAGGGAAAAUAACUGCCUUAGAAACUGAAAAGGCGAAGUUAGCGAUAGUGAGGUUAGUGCAAAGAGAGGAGUUCAAAGAGGAUAUAAAGGCAUUAAAAAACACCAACAAGGUACAACGAAAUUCAAAACUAAUAGCGCUUCAUCCGUACUUAGACGCUAGCGGGAUUUUACGAGUAGGAGGAAGGCUGGAACACGCCGGGUUGAGCGAGAAGAUGAAACAUCCUAUAUUACUUCCGGCAUCACAUCACUUCACCACAUUAGUAAUUGUGCAGCAUCACAAGAAGCUUUUUCACGCGGGUGUUUAG